AUGUCGGCCACUCUAUCCACAAUCGAAAAGCAAAUCGACGUUGCUCGCGCCCCAGGGCACGGACCAGACGUGUUCAUCAACACCUCGUCAUCGUGGCGGCCAGGAGCGCGAGGGAUAUUCGGGGGAUUCGCUAUUGCGCAGAGCCUACGAGCUGCGCAGCAGACUGCGCGUGACGAGUUUGUCGCACACUCCCUGCAUGGCUCGUUCGUCUUUGCGGGGACCUCGGACGAUAGCAUUCUCUACCAUGUAGAAAGGAUCCGCGAUGGCAAAGGCUUUUGUACACGGUCUGUUCGGGCGGUUCAAGCAAAGAAGCCUAUUUUUAUAUGCACUGUUAGCUUCGCCAGGGCAGGGAGCUCGGGCACAGCUGGAAAGGAGCUUCAGCAUUUCCCUCCUAUGCCUUGUAAUGUCCCGAAGCCAGAUGAUACAUACAAGGAUACAAAUGAAUUGCAACUCCCUUUCGUCAACAGCAGCGUGGGUAUAGUCGACGACAGCCGACAGGGUCGAUCGGAGGACAAGCGAAUCCAUCAAUGGAUCAAAGCCUGCGGUCCUCUAUCGCCAUCUGCCGACUCGCAGAUCCAGCAGGCAGCACUUGCCUUCAUGUCAGACAGCUACUUCCUGGUCGGUGUCCCUCAUAGCCAUGAGGUGUGGCAUUUUGUGGAUACGCCAAUAUCGGAAUUCUAUCCUUCACCGCAUGGUCCUUCAACGCCGACAGAGGCACACGUUGCUAUUCGACGGCCGCAUUUGGAAUGUCCAGGGGCUAAACCCGGUCGUGGUGAACAGACGGUCUCCAUGAUGGUCAGCUUGGAUCACACCAUGUAUUUUCAUAAUGUGGAAGAUUUGCAAGUGGAUGAGUGGGUACUCUCUGAGGUACAAAGUAGCUGGGCAGGGAACGGGCGUGGAAUAGUGCAGCAGAGAAUGUGGACUAAGGAUGGCAAACUUGCUGCAACUUGCAUUCAAGAGGGCAUUAUCCGUUUGAAACACGACAGCCAAAAGCCAAGUCAUUUAUAG